UCUGAUGCAGAGCUAGGAGCGAAGAAGAGGCGAGCUAUAAACAUAGGAAGCUGCAUACAGCAGCAAGGAGAGGAGACCGGCAGGCAGCGAGAUAGGCCUAAGAAGUGCCUGCUAACUCAGCAGAGCGCAGAGGGCUGAGGCUAGAUUACAAAAAGAGAGCUCUGGGCAGAAUCGUGUAGAGAAAGAAAGGAUAGAUGGACUAUUCACUGCUUGUCUCCCUCAAUCGCCUUUGAGAGGAGUUGGCACAGCUGGCCAAGUUGCUAUAGCAGUGUUGACUACACAGUGGGCGUCUAUUUUGGUCGUGCUGUCAGAUAACGAUGUCACCUUGGACAAAUGGCAGUGCUGGUUAGAAGGGACAGGUUGCAAGGAAUGGGCUACUAAGAAUGUCAGCAGUGGAUAAAGACGAAGAACCUGCUCUUAGACUCUACUUCUAUUCUGCCUCUUUUCAGCGCUCCAACAGCCACGACAAAGUGAGAAAAAUAGUCGCUGAAGAGGGUCGUGCUGCUCGAAACCUCAUUGCCUGGAGUGUCCCUUUGGAAAGCAAAGAGGAGGAAGCAAAGUCCAAAGUUUUCCCCAUCGGCUGUGCAAAGCCUCAACGGGUCACUACUGGACAACAGAAGAAUAAAAAACAGAAUGCUGGUGUGGAAAGUAAGAGCACAUCCGGAACCAUUUUGGACAAGGGUUCUGAUAAGAGCCCCACCAAAGCCAGACAGCCCCGCAAAGUGGACCUGCGUGCUCGAUACUGGGCCUUCCUCUUCGACAACCUGCGCAGGGCCGUGGACGAGAUUUACGUCACCUGUGAAUCUGAUCAGAGUGUCUUAGAAUGCAAGGAGGUGUUGAUGAUGUUGGACAAUUACGUUCGAGAUUUCAAAGCACUCAUAGACUGGAUCCAUCUUCAGGAGAAGUUGGAAAAAACAGACGCACAGAACAGGCCGACCUCUUUAGCUUGGGAAGUGCGAAAGAUGUCCCCUGGACGCCAUGUAAUGCCAAGCCCCACGGCAGACAGAAUAGUGCCCUCUCCAGGUACACGUCGGGCGCUAAACUUUGGUGGUCCUACACCAAGUCUGGCCGCCGCUAGGCUCUCUCACACAGGUCCCAGCUGGGCGGACAGAGUAAAGUGCACUCAGGCCACCCACAGUUCCAGUCAACCAACCACAUCCCCAGCAGAAAAACCUAGUAAGAAAGAUGCUGAAGGCUGGGAGACUGUGCAGCGAGGACGGACUGCCAAACCUCGCUCUGCUUCCAUGGUUGCCAAGGUCAGUCCUGUCUUGGCUCAUGUCCGUGCUAAGCAGGACAGCACCAAGUGUAAUCGGUCACAUCUACAACAACAGGAAAAGCAACAGCUCCGUCCUGAGUGUCCUCCGGACAAGGACGUGACCCCAGCUGCCUCAGGGCAGCAAGUCACUGUGACUUCUGUCCCAGUGGAGGAGGUUGAACAUCCACAGAACGGACACAUAAUGGAGCCCCUGGCAGAGCCUAAACAACACUCAGAGCAGUGUAUCGACGCACCCUGUGAAGACGUGCCUCCCCCUGUAGCAUCACUUGUCCCAUCCCAGGCCUCAGAGGGCCCCCAGUCCAAAGCCACAGUCCCACCAGCAGACAUUAUUACUAUGUCAAUCCCAGUCUGUGCUCAGACCAUUACAGCAUCCGUCGACCUGCAGCAGACGAAUGGGCUCAGUAAUCUGUUGGCCUCUCGGGACGCUGGAGCUGAGGGGGGCGCGUCACAGGGCAUGACAACAUCUGCUCCAGGACAGGCCGAGGCUCCCAUGGCAGCGGUGAAACUGGAGAGUGUGCUGGACCCCACAGAGCUUUCUACUCCUCAGUCAAUGGCAGAGGUCCUGGCUAAGAAAGAGGAGCUGGCUGACCGGCUUGAAAAGGCCAACGAAGAGGCCAUAGCUAGCGCUAUCGCUGAGGAAGAGCAGCUGACCAGAGAGAUUCUGGCAGAAAAUAAUGACCUGGAGACCGACAAUGAAAGUGAUUUCACUGCUAACAGCUGUGGAAGUUAUGGAGGGAACAUGGAUUGGAGCGAUAUGUUAGCUGACUUUGAUGCUCGAGAGUCUUGGCGUCAGAAUACCUCUUGGGGUGAUAUGGUAGAAGAGGAGCCUGCCCGCCCUCCUGGACAUGGAAUCCACAUGCAUGAAAAAUUGUCAUCACCAUCACGCAAAAGAACAAUUGCAGAGUCAAAGAAGAAACAUGAGGAGAAACAACUGAAGGCACAGCAGCUGAGGGAUAAACUUCGUGAGGAAAAGACACUCAAGUUGCAGAAACUCAUGGAGAGGGAGAAGGAUGUGCGAAAAUGGAAAGAACAGUUGUUGGACCAGCGUCGGAAGAUGAUGGAAGAAAAGCUGCUGCAUGCUGAGUUCAAGAGAGAGCUGCAGCUCCAGGCCAUUGUGAAAAAAGCUCAAGAAGAAGAGGCCAAGGUGAAUGAAAUAGCUUUUAUCAACACCCUGGAAGCCCAAAAUAAGAGGCAUGAUGCUUUAGCCAAGUUAAAUGAAUAUGAACAGCGCCUUAAUGAGCUACAGGAAGAGAGACAGAGAAGACAGGAGGAGAAGCAGGCCCGAGACGAGGCAGUUCAGGAACGUAAGCGGGUCUUGGAAGCAGAGCGGCAGGCGAGAGUGGAAGAGCUGCUGACGAAGAGAAAGGAGCAGGAGGCUCGUAUCGAGCAGCAGAGGCAGGAAAAGGAGAAGGCUAGAGAAGAUGCAGCACGGGAAAGAGCCAGGGACCGUGAGGAAAGACUGGCUGCUCUUAGCGCUGCGCAGCAGGAGGCCAUGGAGGAGCUCCAGAAGAAAAUUCAAAUGAAGCAUGACGAGAGCAGUCGAAGGCAUAUGGAGCAAAUGGAGCAAAGGAAAGAGAAAGCUGCUGAGCUGAGCAGCGGUCGACAUGCAAACACAGACUACGCCCCUAAACUGACACCGUAUGAACGCAAGAAACAAUGCUCGCUGUGUGGUGUUGUGAUCACCUCAGAGGUCCACCUGUUCAGCCACACCAAGGGCAAGAGGCACCAGCAGGCGGUGCGAGAUAGUAGCAGCAUCCAAGGCCGGGAGCUCUCUGAUGAGGAAGUGGAGCAUCUGUCCUUAAAGAAGUAUAUUGUGGACAUAUUGACAGACAGCUCCGUUUCCUCUGAGGGUGUGAAGGAUGGAGAGGAGCGCCAGAAAGCACGGAAGAAAGCAAAGAGACUUCGUGCCAGAAUGAACUCCAGAGCAAAGGAAUACGAGACGUCAAUGGAGGCCAAAAAUCCGGUGCCCGACUCCCCGUACAAAGCUAAAUUACAGCGUUUGGUAAAAGACCUAAUAAAGCAGCUGCAGGGCCAAGAUAGUGGACAGUGGGCCAACAACAAAGCAUCUGGACUGGACAGAACUCUGGGAGAAAUCUCCCGCAUCCUAGAGAAACAGAAUAACACAGACCAAGUGGCCUUCCAAGUAGGCGGCGGCCUGAGUGCUUUGGAGCAGAUUUUACAGGUCAUCACUGCUGUUACCACACCCACUGCAGUCCCACGUAUUCCUCUUAAAUCUCUUUGUGCUGCUACAAAUACCUACUAUCUGGCAUGUUCCUGUUGCACGUCCAACUGCACUUAUGUGCUCUUCAGCAACAAAAUAGUGUUCCUUGUGGACCUGCUGCUACAACAACUGACACUGUAUGUUCCAGACGAAGACAAGUCAAUUUUUGGCCGAAGCGUAAACAAGCAGGUUUUCGAAGGCUUCACAACAGGCCUUCUUCAGACCAUUGCUACCAUCUUGAAGUCCCUGUAUCUCUGCGUUGUUGAGCCGGCAAAAUGUCAAAUCUUUCAGUGUUCAUCUUCAGAUGCAAAGGGCAAAGGUUCUGCUGCAGAGUCCUACAGCACUCGUGCCCAAGAUCUUAUCAGCUACGUUGUAAACAUGGGGUUGAUUGAUAAACUGUAUGGAUGCUUCCUGUCGGUCCAAAGCCCAAUAGACGAGCACCCCAAGAUGUCUGCCUUUCUGCAGCAAGCCUCUUCUAUGCUGCACCGGAUGUGUGAGCUGUGCAUUGCUGUAACUGGACGCGUUCCUAAUAUUUUUGACAACAAACGCCAGGACCCAACUGGACUUACAGCUCUUUUGCAGUCCACUGACCUGGUGGGAGUGGUGCACACCCUGUACUGCAUCUUGCUGCACAGUUUCUCGCCAGAGUCUGCUUCCCAGACUCAGGAGCCCUAUGGCCCUGGAGUCAUCCAGGUGGCCAUACACGGCAUCCGCUUCUUCAACAGUUUUGCCAUUCUUGACCUAUCAGCCUUUCAGUCGGUUCUAGGAGCAGAGGGCCUCUCUUUGGCUUUCCGGCACAUCGUCAGCUCCCUGCUCUGGUACUGUACCCAACAUUCCUCGGAAGAGCUGCUUCAUGAGGUCAUCAUCUGUGUGGGAUACUUCACUGUUAACCACCCAGACAACCAGGUGAUGGUGCAGUCUGGCCGCCAGCCCAGCGUGCUGCAGAAAUUGUGUCAGCUGCCCUUCCAAUACUUCAGCCACCCACGCCUCAUCAGAGUGCUCUUUCCUACCCUCAUCUCUGCCUGUUACAACAACUCUCAUAACAAGGUGAUCCUGCAGCAGGAGAUGAGCUGUGUGCUGCUGGCUACAUUCAUUCAGGACUGUGCUGCAAAUGAGAAGGAUUCAGACGAUAAGAUCAAUAAAAAUGCUCCCCGAUGUUUGCUGGAUUACUGCAUGCUGUCCUACCGCUUUCCAAGAGAUCAGUGGGACUCAGCCCUGCAAUUUUUUCUCAAGAAGCAGGAGGAGGGAUCGAGUUGAACUCAGUCCUCUGAUUUAAAAAUCCCAGUUUAGCCAUUUCAAAGGGUAAUUCCUUGAUGACAUCAAUGUUUAAUACGUUAAAAGGCCUUAUAUGUUGCAUCCAUGUUGAUUUCGUGGAAAUCUUGUUGAUGCAGCAGAAUAAUUUGCACAAAAUGUCUUAUUUGUUAAUUAAAGUUUAAAUACUUUAUCGGUUGUUUUGCUGUUUAAGUGGUUUUGCAUGUGUUUGUUCCUGUUGCACAGUUUAUAGAAUAAAACAUUUAAUUGUGCUGUAACUUGUUUGCCAAACGUUCGGGGACGCCUCUGUUCGUUUACUGUAUUUCACUCGUUAAUUAAAUGUUUACUACUAUGCCGAUUUCUCGAUAUUAUUACAUUUUAUUGUGGGUAGAAGUAACUCUGAAAUAAAAAAUACAUAUUUUGAGCAUAAGUGCUGCUCCUAGCUACAAGUUAUUUGUUAUUAAGCUAAGAAUAAAACAGUGAUUUAAUCCAUUCUGUUUUUGCAGCUGACGGAAAUGAGACACAUAUAGUUAUAUACAAUUUUCCGGUCAUUUUGAUUAGUGCAGUUUCUGUUAACUUAGAGGAUGUUAACUCCGAAUGGUUUAUGAACGUUCGUUAGAAAGACCUGUGAGAUUUAGUGUCAUAGCUUUUUCCUGUUUUUUUUUUUUUUUUUUUUUAGAGCAAUUUUGCAUGUACGUAGUGUGAGUGUAAAUUUUAUUUAUGCAUAAUGUGAAAUAAAAAAAACUAGACAUCUGCUGUUCAAAAUAUGGUUUAGCUAUUUGAAUACUUCAUUCAAAUCUAUCUCUGUUCAUCCAAGUAAUGGAAAUAAAUUUUACUUCUACUGUUAUUUAUAAUUUGUUAAUCACUUUCUGUACCGUUUUACGUUAAUUUAUUUGUUUCUGUCAUUUUAUUUUUGGUCACAAGAUUCUUGUUUUUUGUGUAUUCUUUCUGUUCCUAGUUCCACUAUUAGAAAAUAUCAACCAUUUAUAGUUUCAUUUCAUAACUCCAUGUUCAAGGAGCCAUUUACGAGUUAAUAUAUUUCAUUUAAUAAAGUUUGUGAAAUACUGUU